AUGGCCCCCCGCACAGACGACGACAAGGCCGAUAUCCAGGUCGCGCACCUCGAGAGCAGCGUCACGCGCGACGAUGAGGACCUCAAGCACGCCGCGCUGGACGGCCACGGCGUCCUCAAGUCGCGCUUUGACGAGCUGCCCAUCCUCACGUGUCUGUGGACUUUCCGCCGCGCCGCCUUCUUCUGCUUCCUGCUCUUCACUGGGGCGAUGUGCGAUGGAUUCGAGGUCGCGCUCUCGGGCAUGCUGCUCGCGAACAAGGGUUUCAUUAAGCAGUUCGGCUCGGGCGGCAAUGGCGUCACGGCGCUCAACACUUCCUGGGUCUCGGUGUGGAGCGCUGUAAUCAACGUCGGACAGAUCACCUCUAUGGUCUGGGCUGCUUACGUCGCGAAUAGGCUCGGCCGCAAGCCCACCAUCCUCAUCGCCUGGGUCCUCGUCGUGGUGGCUCUCAUUUGCCUCAUGCAAGCUCGGACCCCGCCCAUCUGGAUGCUCGGUCGCCUGUUCACCGGCGCCGGCGUCGGCGUGUUGCAGGUCAUCUGCGCCGCGUACGCCAUGGAGCUGCUGCCCAACCGUAUCCGCGGAACUGUGAUUGCCUUUUCUUCGUUCUGGAACUACACCGGCACCCUCCUUGCCAAAGUCAUGGGCUUCACGCUCAACAGGACGCACCCGAACGACUGGCAGAUUGCCGUCCGCGCGCUUUGGGGCCCCGUCGGUCUCAUGCUCUUCUGCUUCCUCCCCCUCCCCGAGUCGCCGUGGUUCUACGCCCGCCGCGGCGACAAGGACAAGGCCUUCAAGAGCAUGAAGACGCUGUACACAGGUGUGGAGGGGUACGACCCCGAGGAGGAGUACGGCAUCAUGCUGCGCACGCUCGACCACGAGCGCGAGGUGGCUGCCAAGGGCAUCCCGUGGCUCGCCAUCUUCCAGGGCACCAACAGGAAACGCACCCUCCUGCUCAUGAUCCUCGCUGGCGGCGGCCAGCUCGCUGGCCUGACCAUGAUCUCGACGUACUCGACCUACUUCUUUGCCAUCGCCGGCCAGAAGGACCCCUUCCAGGCAUCAGUUAUCAUGAGCUGCAUCUCCCUCGCGGCGGUCAUGGUCAUGAUGGGUGCUCUGGACAGGUUUGGUCGCCGCAUCCUGGUUGCCCCAGCCCUGACCGUCACCUGCCUCUCGCUGUGGCUCCUGGGAGCGCUCUUCUAUGUUCCCCGGGAGAAGGCUGGACCCGCCCUGGUAAGUCCUCACCGCCAUGCUCCCCUCACACCACAGCUCUUCGUCUGCGCUUUGUGGACUUUCUGCUUCACCAUCACGGGUCAGUCGUACUUCCUCCUGGCGGCAGAGAUCCCCUCUGCCCUCCUCCGUGUCCGCACGAUGUCCGUCGCGUGGGUAUGCAACGCCCUCUUUGGCAUCAUCACGUCCUUCGCCACCCCGCCGAUGCUUGUGCACCUCAACAUCCGUGCCGGGUUCGUGUACGGCGGCACGUCUCUCCUCAUUUGCAUCUUCCUCUGGUUCUCGCUCCCCGAGACGCGAGGCCGCUCGCCUGCCGAAAUCGACGAGUUGUACGAGCGCGGCAUUCGCCCUUGGCACUGGGCCAAGACCAAGACGUUUGUCGAGGAGCAGGCCGAGCAGGCGCGCGAGGUGGAGCGGGUGUAG